AACGAAUUUGUGUCAGCUGCCGGCGAGCCCUCGUCCUCGGCGCCUGUGCGUCUUUUGCGUCUUUCGUCGGAGCUCCUCGGGCCCAAGUUCCUUCCUCUGCGUGCGGGGGGCCAUUUUGUGACGCGGGAGCUCGCCGCGGACGACACGGACGCAGACGCCGACGUUCUCACGGUGUAUGUGUGGCAACAACAUGUCUGUGCCGCUGCUCGCCGAGGCCGUGACGGUGUCCGGGAACGAGAAGGAGACCGCGGCGGUGAUUUUCCUUCACGGCUUGGGAGACUCGGGGCACGGGUGGGCCAACACCUUGACGGGGAUCCGGCUGCCUCACGUCAAGUUCAUCUGCCCCCACGCGCCCAAGAUCCCCGUCACCCUCAACAUGAACGUCACGAUGCCCGCCUGGUUCGACCUCAUGGGCCUCAGCCCCGAAACCCCCGAGGACGAAUACGGGAUCAAAAAGGCGGCCGACAACAUCAAGGCCAUCAUCGAGCACGAGGCCCAAAACGGCAUCCCGCCCAACCGCAUCAUGCUGGGCGGCUUCUCUCAGGGCGGGGCCUUGUCCUUGUACACCGCCUUGACCUGCCAGCACCAGCUCGCCGGCGUGGUGGCCCUCAGCUGCUGGCUGCCGCUCCACAAGAGUUUCCCUCUGGCGUCCGGCGGCAACAAGAACCUGCCCAUCCUGCAGUGCCACGGCGAGAAGGACGAGAUGAUCCCCGUGCAGUUCGGCGCCAUGACGGCGGAGAAGCUCAAAUACAUCGUCGACCCGCAGAUGAUCACCUUCAAGACCUACCCGGGGGUCCCUCAUUCGUCCUGUACUCAGGAGAUGCUCUUAGUAAAGGAGUUCAUCGAGAAGCACUUGCCUCGGAUCUGAGCUGACCCGACCUCAUCCCGACUGUGACGACCCCUCUCGCCCCCACUUGUGACACUGACCGUGCCCCCCCCCCCCCCAACCCUAAUUUUUCAUUCCCCAAACAGGAAACAGCCAUUAAGCGCCCUUCCUUCCUUCCUUCCACACGCACGCACACAAAUUGGAUUAUUAUGAUUACUAUUAUUUUGUUUAAAAGAAAGCAAACCUUCGUAAAUGUUCCUCCUUGCAUUGGCGGCCCCACACAGAACAUUCCUGUUGGUUAUCUUUGUCAUUUUAAUCAACUCGGUGUCCUGUCGCAACACUUUUCCCUUCCGUGUUGCUGCCACUCGCCGAUCCACAUUAUUAUUAUUAUUAUUAUCAUCCCCCCAUUAUACCAUUCCACUGGUGUUAUUUUGUACUUUGUUUUUGUGCUUAUGGGUUUUUGUUUGUCGCUGGGAAACACAAGUGGAAAAUGCUUCUUAUUGCUCCUUCCUGCGAGCUCACCCACUGAUCAAACUCAAAAAAAAAAAAAAAAAACGGACAACAAAAUUCUGAUCCGAGCAGUCACGUGCGUAAACUAAAUCUGUCUGUCGGGUGUCCUGUUUUUGUUUUUCUUUUCUUUUUUUUACUCCUGUUUGUUGUUGUUGUUGGCACUCGUUUGGAAAAGAAGGAAAGACAUCUCUUUUGAUUGUUAUCGCUGAAUGUCUCAAAAGUGGCGUCAGUCGUUACCUAACGGUUGCUUUUCGUCCUCCCCGACUGCUGCUUGACUUUCUAUUUUUUGAAUUUUUCCAACGCCUGACGUGUUUUCUCCUGGGUUGAAGUUUUCUCGUAUGCCUUUGUGAAAGCGAACAUUUUUUUGUACGUGUUUUGCCACUGUCGUCAUCUCAUCCUUUUUGUGUUCCGUUUCUAUAAUGAUGAGCAUUCGCGGGUCUGGGUUUGUUUCCUGAGCACCUGUGCGCGGAAUAAAUCAUGUGGAAAAACA